UUUGGCAUUCUGUGUGGAUCGCGAAUCUCAAGUCACAAAUCUUAGAUUUUGUAUCCAGCCCAAACGACCAAGUCAUAUUGAGCUUACAAGCAGUUAUUCAUCAGUCGACUAUCUGACUUGGCGCAGGUCGCCUUCAGAUCUCCGUAAUUAUGACUGCCAACCUGAUAAUCCGAAGUUUCCUUUUUUUCCUUUCUUUCGUUCCUGCUGCGGUAUUAUCAGCCAACUUUACCACAAUCAGGGUCCCACUCUCCAUUGCUCCCAUAGUUGGUAUUCCUCGAGAAGAUUUUAAAGAUGCGGAAGUCGCCAGAGAGCCAGACCUCUAUUCCAAAGCUACAAUUUAUGAUGAUUUGACUUUAUCAGUCAUAUAUGAUUUGAACAGAGUUCUCGACUCAUCAAUGUCCAGUGUAAUCAGCAAUAUUUUUGUGUUAGAAGAACGAAAAUUAUUGGAUAUUGAUUUGUUAUUUGCUUAUAAUUGCACCAGAUGGUGCCUGGAUCUACCGAUAAGUGAAAUGACACGCGUCACUGGGAAAACAAUGGAAAAUUUGAAAGGUAACCCUGAUCGUAUCACGGUGCUUGACUUGCAUAAUUUGAUAGUACAAACGUUGGAAGAUAUUUACUGUUUUAAAAUGGAUGUAAUUGAACAAAGACUAAAUAAGUCUUCCAAAUUCCUUGUUGAAAGUGAAUGGGCAUUGUUCGUACCACAGAUUGUUGCAGAAGCAGUCAAAUGUAAGGCUGAUAUUCUUGGUGUAACUGUGUCAGAAUUGGCUGAACUUCUUCGUACAGAUGUCGCUACGUUACUUGGCUUCACCCUUAGUGAUGUUUCCAAUACUUUCUUUCCCAAUUUUCUAUUACUUCAAAGCCGCAAGAACUUGUUUGAAACCCGGUCACUUGAUUUAGCUUAUUUGUUCGCUGGAUUAACGUCAGCCGAAGGCGAAGCGAAAACAAUGUUGUUUUAUGCUUCUCAUUCAACAAUAGCAUUCAAUUUGCGAGAUCUGGAAAUUUUGUAUGAUUGGGAAAAGCCUCAACUGUUCGCCAUAGACAACGUGCCUCUCUCAAGUUACUUUGCUGAGUGCUCUGUCAUAACGUCAAACUCAUUAUUUGCUGUAUCAAAAGCAAUUUUUGGUCAAGGAGCAACAGAGCCUACUUGUAACGUUUCCUAUGUACUGUCAAGAUCUUUGGACGAAGUAGAGAACAAGUUUAAUACCCUGACAACAAUCGAAAACAGAAAUUCACUCUAUAUUUUUAUGACUGCGACUGACAUCUCAAGUUGGUUCGUUAUGGAUGGAAUUCUUCAGUUAGAUAUAGACGAAGGUAUCUGGGUCGAAAUUCCCUCAGUGAGCCAUGUUGCUUCUGCAGACGGUAAAAAUACAACGUUCAUCAAAACCUGCUCUCUCCCACAAGUAAUUGCAUUGCUAAAGAGCACCAAUGAAUCUGGUACACUAACUCCAUUUUUGACAAUCAACAAUCCAUCGUUCCGAAAUCUUUUGCUUGCGACUUAUGGAUAUACGUACAAUGAAUUAGUCAGCUUGACAGGAACACCUUCGGCACAAAUAUCUAGCUUACCAGUUGUUGAUCUUCAUGCUAUGAUACUAGAUGCAUUGGUCGACAGAUACUCGAUUUCAGAUUUGCCCUCAUUACUUGGCGUUCCUGGGGUUGUAAACAUGCGUAUACUUUCAACCCUUCCGUCUUUUGAGUGGUCGAGGAUCGUUCGUUCUGUUAUACAAGGCUCCUUCGCACAUGCUGCAGAUGCCUUGUCUGUCAACCUAGCCGCAGGUAGCCAUGUCACAGUGACAAACCAGGCCGACGGCAAUCCAUCAAUUGGAGUUAAUCCUUCCCCUGUCUAUUUUUCACCAAAAGUUACAACAAACACCUUGGCGACGUGUCUUCUUGCACGAAAUGAAGCAGAUAUUUAUGCAAUGACUUUACCAAAUUAUCACACACUUUUUAGAGAAAGCAUAAUACCGAUCGUCCAGGGAAAGAUAACCAUUGAGAGCACACCCUUUGAAAGUCUUCUUUCGAAUGAUGAUUUAAUUCUCCGUCAAGUCUGGAAUAGGACUGUGGCCGACGUUAUUGCACAAUACACAGGUUUAUCAGUGCCGCAAUUGGGAUGCCUCUAUGGUUGGGAUCAGAACUUUCUGAACUUCAUUAAUGGAACAACUUGGGAGGAUGUUAGCGCUUUCCGACUUUGUAGCGAGUAUGAGAAGAUGACCCUUCAUGAAAUCUUGGUUCUUCUUUUAACAGCACCAAAGGUCAAUUGCUUUGCGACCAUCUCUUUGUCAGCAAGUAAUUACAAUGUCGACGAAUCGGGCAGAUUCGUUGUUGUUUUGGUUGAACUGUCUGGCGGCGAAGUUGAUAAGGAGGUUAAAGUCAUAUUGUCUGUGACGGCGGUAUCUGCAACUGCUGGUAAAGAUUUUGAAGACAAAGAACAAACUAAUGUAACAUUUGCGGCCAGAGAUACACAAAGCAAACCUGUAAUUAUCAACAUUCUCGAAGAUGACAUACUGGAAAAUAAUGAACAGUUUCUAGUAUUUAUUACAAGUACAGAUUCUGAUACAAGACUGUUAAUAUCAUCAGCAACAGUGACUAUCAAAGAUAAUGACUUCGUUUCUAUUUCGUGGCAAGUUCCUGACAAUUCAGUUUCAGAAAACAUUGGUCUCGUUACAGCUAACUUGGUUUUAAAUGGGGAUAUCGAAAAAAGCAUAGCUGUAAACGUUGCUGUUAAUGAUAUUUCAACGAGUACAUCUGAUUACGCAUUACUAACUCCCUCAGUUACGUUCAAUCCCAGUGAUAACAGUAAGACCAAGCAAGUGUUAAUCUCCAUUACCAACGAUGGCAUUGUUGAGCCAUCAGAAGCUCUGGAACUUCUCGCAAGUACAACUGACGUCUUCGUCAAUACAACUAAUACGGUGAUCUUGAUUGAAGAUAACGAUAAAAUAAUCGUCUCGUUUGUUCAAAGCACGUAUACGUUUAGUGAAGGCAUCCUUCUGCAUCAAAUAGAAGUGAAUGCUGUCGCCCCACAGCUAACUACUGAUGUUCCAAUAAGUUUGAGUACAUUUAAUGACGGUGCAUCAGCUGGUCUGGACUAUAUUAAUGCGAAUACGCUUGUGACAUUCACACCUUUUGUUGGGAGCCAGAUAAAAAGUUUCUCUGUUUCAAUCCUUCCUGACACCUUAGUUGAACUUGAUGAAACAUUCGAAGUGAACCUUGCAAUACCAACGGGAUCUGCUGAUCUCGCACAACUUUCUAAUCCAUCUAAGACCAUCGUGACCAUUCAAGAUGACGAUAAGGCAGUAAUAAACUUUAAGAGUGCCACGUACUCUGUAUUGGAACAAAUAACGGAAGUUAAUGUAACAGUCACACUGACCGGCGCACUUGGAAGACCAGUUUCAAUUGGAUAUACGACCCAAACGGGAACAGCUUCUAGUGCUGAUUUCACUGCCAACUCCGGAACCCUGACAUUUAACCCAAGCCAAGCAACAGAGCAAGUCAUUACAAUUUCAAUCGCGAAUGACAACUUCGUUGAAGCCUCGGAACAGUUUAAAGUCAUUCUUCUACUACAAGAUCCUGUUAACACUGAAAUUGGAAAUACUGGACAAACAACAGUUACCAUUCUUGAUGACGAUAAGGCUCUUGUGGAACAUGUUAAAACCAGCUACACUUUUCCCGAAGAUGGUGGUCCAGCUAUACUUGGCGUAAGACUACUGAACCUUGCUGGUCCACUACAAACAAAUGUGGAUGUCAGUGUUGCAGCGUUAGGAACAACGGCAAGUACGAAUGAUUUUACUCCACCAAACUCCACACUCACAUUCUUUGUGGGUGACUUUAACAACGAAAGAAACAUCUCAAUUCCAAUCAUUGACGACAAUCUGUUCGAAGUCGAUGAAGCGUUUUUGGUCAUUCUAUCUGCUGGCACGGAUAAUAAAGUUGAAAUAGAUCCACCAUCACAAGCUACAGUGACAAUCACAAGUGAAGACGAUGCCGUGAUAUCUUUUACACAGAAUUCGUACAGUGUUACUGAAGGACAAACUGUCCCCAUAAAUCUUCAAGUUUCGUCUGGUACGCUGGGAUCAAGUGUCACUGUGAGUGUUAGCACACAAGAUGUAUCUACAAGUUCGACUGACUUCGGAAGACCGACAUUAUCUGUUACAUUCGCCGCUGGAGAGACUGGUCCCAAGACUGUGAAUAUUUUAACUACCGAUGAUGAUAUCGUCGAAGCAAAUGAAAUAUUCACCGUUUCCUUGUCGAGUUCGUCUGGAGUAACACUUGGAGGCUCGGCAUUCGUGACGAUCAACAAUGAUGACGAUGUGACUGUUCAGUUUACUACUAGUUCAUCUACCGUUUCUGAGGGAUCAGGAUCCACUAGUGUCCAGCUUGUUGCCGUUGAGCAGAGAGAAAUUGAUGUAAUUGUGAGUGUCACCACACAAGCUGGUACUGCCUCUGCUGAUGUUGAUUACGACACAAAAACAGAAGUGGUUACAUUCAAACCUACUGACACAUUCAAAACGGUCGACUUUACUGUCCGCGAUGAUACCAAAAUUGAGGAAGAAGAAUCAUUUAAACUUGUUUUGAGUGCAAUUUCCGGCCAAGUGACAAUAGGUUCUGUUGAUGAGCACACUAUUAAAAUAGAAGACGAUGACUUUGCGACUGUGCAGUUCACAAGCGAAGUAUUCUCUGGAAAUGAAACGUUUGGUUAUGCUGACAUUUGGGUUGUUUUGACCGGCGUUUUAGAAGACCCUACCUCAGUGAGUGUUUCUACAACACAAGACACCGCUCUAGCAGGAAUUGACUAUUCCAGUUUGACCAAUUCUCCCCUGGCAUUUACACCUGGAGGACCAACAUUACAAAGGAUCAGAGUUAAUAUAACAGACGAUGUAUUCAUUGAGGGAACCGAAAGAUUCAAAGCUAGCUUAUCAACCACUAACUCGUUUACAAAAAUUGGAAGCGUUAAUGAGACAACAGUACGAAUUAUUGAUGAUGAUGUGGCCACACUUGGGUUCGCGAGCGUACUAAAUUUGGAAGUGAACGAAGGAAGCCCUGCUGUUCUUACAGCUCAGCUUACAGGACCGCUGACAACUCAAGUUUCCGCGACGGCUACCGUCGUAUUAGUCAGCGCUAGCAACGAUGAUUUUGAUGUCAUUUCAUCAACAAACUUGAACUUCAGUCCUGGAGAUGCUCAGGAAACUAUAGCCAUAACCACAGAUGGGGACGUAUUCAUUGAAGGAAAUGAAGUAUUUCAGGUCAUACUAUCAACGUCAAGCCCAAAUGUUCAAGUUGAUGAUGGAGUUACAACUAUAACAAUCUUGGACGAUGACGACGCGGAAAUAUCUCUUGCACAAAACAGUUACCAAGGCAGCGAGGACUCCUCAGUUGUCGAGGUUUCUAUCAAUCUCAGUGGUGACUUGAAAACAACGGUACAAGCAAGGCUGACUCUUUCACCACAAUCUGCUGUUUUGGGAGAUUACGCAGGAUUAGUUGAUCCGGUCAUAACUUUUUCUCCGAGUUCACCAACUACACAAAGACGCAAUAUAACUAUUGUUAAUGACGACGCUGUUGAGAAUCUCGAAUUCUUCCGCGUUGACCUGGAAGCUGUUGGCGACAAUGUCAAAAUAACACCGAUCUCAAGUGCGACAGUUACGAUAACUGACAACGACAAGGCAAUUUUUGGAUUCCAGCCUAUAAAUUAUGCUCUUCAAGAAUCUGCACCACAUGCUAACUUAUCGGUCGUUCUAUUCUCGACUACUCCGCUUCAACGAACUGUCAUGUUCAGAUACUCGACAAUCAACCAAACCGCAAAAUCACCCGGGGACUAUGACGACAUUAUCAAUGGACAACUUCAGUUUGAUGUUGGGGAUGGAAACGGAGCAGUUCGUUUUAUCUCCGUUGGGAUAAACGAUGACGUCAUUAUUGAGAGUCCUGAAAUCUUCCAAGUCGAGUUGACUGCUGUUGCAAGUGAUACUAUUUCGGCAAACACUGCAACUGUUACAAUAAUCGACAACGAUGUCCCAUCAAUUCGCUUGAUUGACACGACAAAGGAUGUAAAUGAAGGUGAUGUUCAACUUAGUGUCCGUGUUCUGCUGACUGGAACUGUUGAUAGAGAAGUCACUGCCAGGCUUACAACAUCGAAUGUAACUGCUAGUGCAAAUUCAGAUUACCAACCAAUUGAUCAAGAAAUCACGUUCCCUGUUGGGAACCCAUUUGUAGAGGUCAAAAUAACCAUCAAUCAGGAUACUUUAGUUGAAGGAGCUGAGACUUUUGAAGUUACUUUAACUAGUGAUGAUGCCAAUGUUGAAAACCCGAAGCUUACUGUCACCAUUCUUGAUAAUGAUUUUGUUACCAUUUCCUUUCAAAAUAAUGCUGCUGACGUACCGGAAAAUAGCGGUCUCGCCAUUGUGAACAUACAAUUAAGCGGUGAUCGAGCAGUUCCUAUAACCUUCGACAUCGAUACUAUAGCGGCGUCAGCUCUUAAAGACCAGGACUAUGUUUAUAAUCGCCGGGAAAUAACAAUUAAUCCUAGUGAUUCGUCCUCAUAUGUUGAAACCAUACAGAUUAAAAAUGAUCAAAUUGUUGAGGGUGAUGAAGUGUUCAGUGUGACUAUUGACGAUAGCUCUCCUCUCGUUACUUACGAUGGUUCAAACAUGCUGAUCACUAUAAAAGAUGACGACACUGCCAAUGUAACAUUCUCAAAGGCGUCUUACACCUUUAACGAAGAUGUGAAUCAGACUACUGUGAACAUUGAAAUUGAUCGUAACUUACAAACAACGGCAACUGUAACGGUUUCGUCAACAGCUAAUACAGCUACAUCUGGAUUUGACUUCACUUCUAUUGUAAAUCAAGCGAUUGUUUUUGGACCUGGUGAUUCGACAAAGUCAUUAGUUGUAACCAUUAAGGAUGAUAAUAUUGUCGAAACAGAUGAGUUGUUUACUCUAAGUUUAUCAACCGCACCAGGUUCCGCUUUACGUGUUGGUUCACCAGGCACUACAUUAAUCUCAAUUGAUGACAAUGAUGUCGCUUCAGUGGAAAUGAACUCACAAACGUACACAAGCAGUGAGGAUGAUGACACUACUCAGGUUCAGGUCAAGUUAAAUGCACUUGCACCGAUUGAACGAGAACUGACAUUCAGUAUAUCCACUAAGAACGGCUCAGCACUCUCUCCUCGAGAUUUUACCCAUCUUGAACAAGUUGGAAGAUUUAGUGCAGGUCUUGGAAAUGGUGCCACACUUUCCAUUUCAAUUGACAUUUCCGAUGACGUCGUUGUUGAAAAUACAGAAGAUUUCUACGUACAACUGGCUGAAAUAGACUCUGCUUUACAAGUAGCAAACCCUAACAGGUCAAUCGUAUACAUUCAGGACAAUGAUGCUUUUGAGGCCCAAUUCACCCAUGGUGAUCUAUCAGUUAACGAAGAAGAUGGAAAUGUGCGUGUCUCUGUUCGGCUGAAUGGACAGCAUGAACGAGAGGUUACGAUUAGGUUGAAUACUGUUCAGAACACCGCUACACCUGGUUCAGAUUAUACCACUGAAGAUAUCAACUUACGGUUCCCUGCGGGUGAUUCGAGUAAAACUGUGGACAUUGAAAUAUUGAAUGACCUAGUCAUUGAAGGGACAGAAACAUUCCGUGUGACAAUCACCUCGGGUGAUCCGCAAGUCAAAAUUUUGGAACCACAAAGUAUCACAGUGUCAAUCAUUGACACUGAUGUGGCAACGGUAUCGUUCAAUCAAAGUGAAUAUAGGGUGAAUGAAGAUGUUGGAUCUUCCGCUCUUUGGGUGGAGUUGAAAAACGAAUUGCAAAUUAACUCGGAAGUAAAAGUUGAAGUUUAUAACUUCCCGGAUACUGCAAAGACCCCAGCGGACUAUUCAUUUGCAAGUCCAACUUCAACUAUACUAACUUUUCGCGGUGGCGAAACAAAACUCCUGCCAAUUCCCUACACUGUAAAUGAUGAUGACCAUGUUGAGAACGCUGAAAGUUUCUAUGGUUUGAUAAAUGCUGAUCGGACGACUGUUGUAGCCGUUGAACCGCUGCUAGUUAGAGGGUUUAUUGAGGAUAAUGACGUCGCCAUUGUCGGAUUUACCCAAGCCGAAUAUCCUGUAAACGAGAACCAGGAUGCUUCAGUGGUAGUUGAACUUCAAAACACUCUGUCUGUAUCUGUGACUGUGAGCAUUAAAACAACAAUUGGCAAUGCUGAAUCCGCUGACUUCGGUGUAAUUACGAAACGGGAUAUAACCUUUGACCCAGGGCAAAGUUCAAAAACAGUCGAUAUUCAAAUAAUCAACGAUGGAAUUGUUGAGAAUGACGAAUCAUUUAUUGUGUCUUUGGAGACUACUCACCCAAGAGUACAGUUUAAUAGAAGUGAAGCUUCGGUUAAAAUCAUAGAUGACGACAAUGUUUCCAUCCGAUUUCAAAAAGCUCAGUACAUUGUCAAUGAAGAUGAUGGAUCAGUCCAAGUCAGUUGUCAAAUAAUCGGGUCCACUGCUAUCAACCUUAAUUACCUUGUUCAUAUUGAAGAAGGUAGCGCACGACGGGAUUCUGACUUCACAGGAGCUACCAAAUCAUUGUUGAUACAACCAGGAACCACUGAAAACACUAUCAAUGUUCCACUGGUUAAUGAUGAUAAUAUCGAGUCAAAUGAAACGUUUUCAUUGCGUAUGGAUAACUUGAAUAACGCACGUAUUGUUCUUGCAAAUCCAUCAACUACAACGAUUUUAAUUCUUGACGAUGACGCUGCAACUGUUGAAUUUUCACAACGACAGUAUAGUGUUCUUGAAAAUGGUGUGUCUGUAACUGUUACCUUAAAUCUGACGGGCGUACUUGAUCAGAAUACCACAGUAAGUGUAUCAAGCUUUGAUGUUACCGCUACAGCUGGUCAAGAUUACACAGAGAUUUCACGUAAAGAAAUAAAAUUUUCCCCCGGUGGACCAACUGAACAGGAAAUUGUAAUACCAAUUAAUAAUGAUACCCUACUGGAAGGAACAGAAUCAUUCUUACUGUCUGUUUCUUCCCAAAAUGCUUAUACCCGAAUCGGAGAAAAUGCAAAUACAACUGUAAGGAUCAUUGACGAUGACGUUGUAAGUGUUGAUUUCGUAAUUACAACGGAUGAUGUGAACGAACAAGAUGGUGCUAUAGUCGUUGAAAUUGAAAUACAAGGAACGCGAACAAGACCUGUCACUGUUAGCCUUGAAUCCUUCAAUUUGCUUGCCGUAGCUGCAAGUGAUUUUACUGCAGUGGACAGUACAGUCACCUUCCAACCGUCGGAAAGCAAGAAACUCGUUAGCGUUUUUAUUACAAACGAUGAUUUGAUUGAAAAUGACGAAACAUUCCUUCUACGCCUUUCAACCGAUGAUAAUCAAGUUAAGAUAAACGAUAACCAAAUGACAAUAAAAAUCUUGGAUAAUGACGAGGCAGCCAUCAGAUUUGAGCAAACGUCCUAUACAUUCGAUGAAAAUGAUGGUGAGGUGACUCUUGGCAUACUAUUGGCUGGUAAUCUUGGUAUUUCAGUCUCAGCGGAUGUCCAGUUCGAUGCGCAAACUGCUGAUCUUACAGACUACACACCCCCACAAACAAGGACAGUAGUGUUCACCCCAGGUUCCAACAGAGCUGACGUUAAAUUUAAUAUUACCGAUGACGAUGUGGUGGAAACGACUGAACUUUUUUCGGCAAAGCUAGAAGAAAAUAGCCCUAAAGUUGUACUUGGUUCGCCUUCAACAACAACUAUCGGUAUUCGGGACAAUGACAAUGCUCAAGUGCGUUUCCUGGUUGGAUCGAAAUCGGUGGAUGAAAACGCCGGAAACUUGAAUAUGACUAUCGAGCUUGUUACUGUUUUUCCUUUACAAAGAGAUGUCUCUGUAAGAUUUUCAACCGAAGAAGGCACAGCGCAGUCUCCUGAAGAUUUCUCAAAUGUUGCUGGAUCAACUGUGAUCUUUAAUGCAGGAGAUUCCAAUGGAGAAACACGAUAUGGGAUUGUUCCCAUUGAAGAUGAUGACAUAGUAGAAGAUCCUGAAUCAUUCACCGCAAAGCUGACAUCCAUAGAUUCUGGUUUGACUACCACAACGUUUACAUCGACUGUCAUUAGUAUCAUUGAUGAUGAUAAAGCAACAGUCCGUUUCAUACAGUCAACUUACUCAGUGAACGAACCAGCCACCUCUGUAAACCUUCUCGUUCAGUUAACUGGAACAAUUACGAGAACUGUUACGGCUAGAAUAACUACCGCAAACAUUGAUGCAAUUGGUGGAAAUGAUUAUGGUACUCUAAAUCGACUUGUAACAUUCACUCCAGGAGGGGGGAAAAUUGAAUCCAUCCCCGUUACUAUCGAUGAUGAUGCUAUCGUCGAGAAUAACGAAAGAUUCAGAGCCACCCUAACAGCAGACAAUGGAGUUACUGUACCCCCUGAUGGUGCUACAACUACUGUCUCUAUCAUUGACAAUGAUGAUGUUACCGUCACACUGGAAGCUCUCCUAAUUGAUGUGAAUGAAGCUUCCAACAACGCCAUUGUCUUGGUUAAAGUGACUGGUACUAGAGAAAGAGACAUACACGUCAAUGUGUCGACGUAUGAUAUUUCUGCAUUUUCUGUGUUAAAUGAUUACACUAAGAAGUCUGAAUUAGUAACAUUGGAACCGAAUAGCGUUCUGAAACAAUUCCUGGUCAGUAUUCUUGAAGAUACCAUCGUCGAAAGUACUGAACAGUUUGGAGUACGUGUAACAUCCACUGAUCCGCAAGUGAAUAUUGUAAAUGGAGAUCUUCGGGUUUCGAUAGCCGACAAUGACCGGAUUACUUUAACAAUGAGGCAAAGUACCUAUGCAGUAGACGAAGAUGACAUUGUUGUAUUGGUACAUGUGAAUGUGACUGGACAGACGGCAAUCGAUAUCGGAGGAAGUAAACUAUCAACGAGCGCAAUAACUGCUGGAUCUCCGGGCGAUUAUACCAAUAUUGAACGCACAAUCCUUGUUACGCCAAGUUCGUCAACGUUCACGGUAUCCAUACCUAUUCAAAAUGAUGGAAUUAUUGAAUCAGAUGAAACUUUCCGAGCUAUAUUAUCUACCACCAACUCCGCCCAAGUCGAUAUCGGAACACCAUCAUUUAGUUUGAUUACCAUAAAAGAUGAUGACGCAUUGUUCAUAUCAUUUGAGCAGCCAAACUAUAUUGUAUCGGAGAAUGAUGGAACAAUAACUGUUGGUGUGGUUGUUACCGGCUCCACAUCUCUUACUUUGGAAUUUGGUGUCACAGCCACAAGCGGAAGCGCUACCACACCUGCAGACUAUAUUCUGCUACAAUCCACGGUAGAAUUAACACCAGGUGUAGCAAAGCAUGAAAUCAGUGUUAGACUUACCAAUGACCUAAACCUCGAAAACAAUGAAACGUUCACUCUGAAUUUGAACAACAAAGGAGAUACUCGUGUUCGUUUAUUAGGACUUGGACAAACUACUAUUUUGAUCAUGGAUGAUGAUGCUGCUACAAUACAAUUUACGCAAGAUCUUUACCCUGUUAAUGAGAAUGAUAAGUCAGUACAAGUGGUGUUAAAUAUUGUUGGAGUACUCGAUCAACCUGCAACUGUUUGGGUGUCAAGUAGAAAUAAUUCAGCAUUAGCAGGAAUUGAUUAUGAUAAAGUUACCAAUCAGGAGGUGACGUUUGUUCCCGGUGGACCGACCAACCAAACUUUGAAUGUUACUAUUAUUGAUGAUAACAUUCUAGAAGGAACAGAAUCGUUUUAUUUGGACGUCUCAUCUUCGGUUAACAACAUAAAAAUUGGCGACAGGGGAUCCACUACGAUACGAAUAGUUGACGAUGAUUCUAUUAGUGUGGAAUUUGUAAAGACGAGAGAUGACGUUUUAGAAUCCAAUGGUGUACUUCCGGUUGACGUUGCAAUAACUGGCCAACGUAGUGUGAAUGUUGUUGCCAAAGUGAAGUCAAACAACCUCGGUGCAAUUGCUGGUGCUGACUACAAUGAAGUUGAUGAAACAAUUACUUUUCUACCAAAUGAAACACAACCAAGGCGAAUACUUGUGAUUAUACGUCACGAUGUAAUAGUUGAAAAUGACGAACAAUUUGUGUUACUUCUCUCCACUGAAACUGCAGGAGUUACCCUUGGCGAUAAUGUAUUCACUGCUACUAUUAAAGAUGAUGAUUUUGCUGUCAUCCGCUUGGAAAAGAGUUCCUACACAGUCAAUGAAAGCAUUUCAUCACUCAAAAUUGGUGUUAUAAUGGAUGGGCAACAUUCCAUAGCAAUUGAUGCUAAUGUCGCGUUGACUCCGGUGACUGCAGUCGUAGGAGAUUAUCUCGUGGGUAAUGGUGAUGUUACAUUCGAUCCUGGGGAAACAAAAAAAGAAAUCACUGUUUUCAUUCCUGAUGAUGAGAUUGUAGAAGCUUUGGAAUCUUUCGAAGCAAAACUUACUGGUGACUCUCACACAGUUGUUGGUACACCUAGAGAAGCCACAGUUUUCAUCCAGGAUAACGACGUCUCUGAAAUUCGAUUCGAAAUCAAUGAAUACUCCGUCAAUGAGGCAGAUCAAAUCGUUAAUUUGACUGUUGUUUUACUAACUGUCUUGCCAUUGGGUCGCGAUGCUUCUUUCAGUUUCGUUACCCAGGAUGGAACAGCGGUGUCUUCAAACAAUGUAGACUUCGACAAAGCAGUUGGUUCGAUUGUAGUAUUCCAGCAAGGUUCCAGCAAUUAUACAACAAAACAAAUCUCAGUUUCAAUUAUUGAUGAUUCAAGAACCGAGUCGACUGAAUCAUUUUCAGUUGAACUCUCUGCUGUGACUGGUGGUGGCCUUGUCCCUGUAAAUCCAUCUAGUGCCACUGUUAACAUUGUGGACGAUGACAACGCAAUAUUAAUGUUUGCACCUGACUCGUAUACGAUAGUGGAGGGUAGUGGUACCGUUUCUGUCAUAAUAGUUCGAAUUGGAGCAAUUGAAAGAGAUGUCUCGGCAUUUUUGACCCUGCAAUCUGGAACAGCAACGGUUGCUGACUACACAGGUGUUCCCACAGUAGUAACAUUUACUCCAAUUGAUUUGCGGAAGACUGUUUCCAUUACAAUUAAACAAGAUGUAAUAGUAGAAGGGACCGAAUCUUUUACCGCCGGUCUAACUGCUGUCUCUGGGGCAACGAUCCCCGAGGAUGGAAAGUCUGCUACGAUUACCAUCUUGGACGACGAUGUUUUAACGAUUGUCAUGGAAGCUGUUCCCACAACUGUUAUAGACGAAGAUGGUGACAGCGUCACUGUUAACGUCAGAGCUGUUGGAGGUCUACAAAGGGAGAUCAAUCUUAACGUGUUCACAUAUGAUAUAACUGCUGCAGCUGGUGAUGACUAUGUUUCAAAGAACGAAAUAAUUACAUUGAAUAGCACAAAAACUAUAGAAACGUUUGUUGUUGCUAUACGCAAUGAUAAUGUCGUGGAGAACACAGAAACAUUUGGCGUUAAUGUCUCAACAAGUGAACAACAAGUCGAACUGCAAGAUGAGACGGUCGUUAUUUCAAUCCGGGACGAAGACAAGUUGACAUUGUCCAUUGCUCAAGGAACUUACACCGUCCAAGAAGAUGCAGGGUCUUUCUCUGUUAACGUAACCGUCUCGGGAACAACAGAUGUGCUUGUUACUGGAAGUACGCUGACCACGCGAAACGGAGCAGCUGUCAGUCCUGGUGAUUACGAAGCCAAAACACAGAGUCUCUUCAUUGUGCCAGGACAGAAUAGUCCUAUUGAAGCAAGAAUAACUGUUAAUGAUGAUCAACUAACAGAAGGAAAUGAGAAUUUUAUCCUGGAAUUGUCAACGUCUAAUGCCAACCAGAUCUCUAUAGGCAGAUCCACUGCUGUUGUGACAAUCGAAGAUGACGAUGUUGCAACUGUCCAAUUUGUAUCAAAUCGUUAUUACGUCAAUGAAACCAAUAAUUCCACACGUCUCGGCAUCCUUUUGUCAGGAAAUCUCGCUCAACCAGUUCUAGUCGGGUUGAACACAGCCCAAGAUACCGCUUCUGCUGGUCUAGAUUACGUUCAAGUUAAUAACCUCGAGUUAACGUAUACACCAGGAGGAGAUGUCCUGCAAUAUGUUGAUAUAACUAUACUUAAUGAUGAUUUGAUUGAGGGAUCUGAAGACUUCACUGCUGGCUUGACGCCGUCCCCACCAUUAGUUAAUCUUGGAACUAUUGCUACAACUACAGUAACAAUCAUUGAUGAUGAUGUCGCUGGAAUCGGAUUUGCUUUAUCGAAUAUUACUGUUCCCGAAAAUGGAGGAACGGUUCAGAUUGCAGUUGAAUCCACCGGAGGUCUGAACACUACUGUAACCGUCAGUGUUACUGUGACGGGAAGCACAGCUUCAUCAAAUGAUUACACAGUUUCUGAUAAUAUCAUAUUCACAUUCUCUCCAACUGGACCAUCACGUCAGCACUUCAAUUUUACACCAAAUGAUGAUCCCAGAAUUGAAGGCGACGAGGUUGUUUUGGCAUUAUUAUCCACGACAGACCCUCAAGCAGAAAUCCUUACUAGACAGAUACGAAUCACAAUUCAAGACGACGACAAAGCGAUUGUGCGCCUGGAUAAAAGCUCCGUCCAAAAUACUGAAGGAAGUCUGGCGUCUAUAAAUGUUUUGUUAACUGGGGAGCUGGAUAAAUCUGUAACAGUAAACCUGAAAGCAAAUGGAUUGACAGCUACAAAAGGAGAUGACUUUACUUUCGCCGAUCAAUCAGUUGUUUUCCAACCCGGAGACACACAGCAAACACGUCUAGUUGUAAUUAAUGGCGAUAAUGUGGUAGAGCCCACAGAAUUCUUUAAUGUGGUACUGACUUCUACCGAUGGGAAUGUUCAAAUCGGAACUCCAAGCACAACUGUUGUGACCAUUGAAGAUGAUGACGAGGCAUCUUUAUAUUUUUCAAGCGGUACAUACCUUUCUUCGGAAGUUGACAAACAAGUCACCUUGACCGUUGUUUUGGCGACCAAUGCUCCACUUCAAAGAGAAGUUACAGCAAGCUUUACCUUAUCGGGUUUGACUGCGGUGUCUCCUGAAGAUUUUCCAUCCAACACCAACGCAACUGUUACCUUUAACGUUGGAGAUAGUAACUCGGCAACUCGAGACCUUGUAAUCUCUGUGGAAGAUGACGAUAUUGUGGAACCAACACAGACUUUCACAGUUACCAUUGUUACAUCCGACGAAGUGCUUAAUCCAGGGACAGCAACAGUAUUCAUCGAAGACGAUGAUGAUGUCUCCGUUCGCUUCGUAAAGAAUCCUUACUAUUUUGAAGAGGAUGAAGUGGUUACAAACGUUAAUGUCCUAGUCUUGUCGACCUCUCCGUUACAAAAGUCAAUUACGAUCGGGAUUGCUUCAGAACAAAAUUCAGCUAUAGCUGGUGAGGAUUAUAUAUCAUUAUUUGCGAACAACACAAUAGUUAUUUCUCCUUCGGAUGGAAACGAAAAAGACAUUCCAGUGGAAAUAAAAGAUGAUUCGCAUUUUGAAGAUGAAGAAAACUUUAGGAUUAGGUUGUCAACAACCGAUCCAUCAGUUAAAGUAAUUUCACCUGAACUGGCGAAUGUGUUCAUUACUGAUGAUGAUGAUGCUGUUGUUGGCUUCCAACAAGAAGUUUACUGGACUACCGAGGAUAGUGAAAAUGUUGAAAUCUGUGUCUCAAGUUCUAUUCAACUUCAUGACAAUAUUAUAGUAACUGUGAGCACCAUAGCUGGAACCGCUUCGACAUUAGAUUUCGUACCUGUGGCCCAACAGUUAACUCUUACAUCAACGGCUGCCGUAUGUUUGAACGUCACUUUAAAGCAAGAUCUUCUUAUUGAAGGAAAUGAAACAUUCUCUGUGCAGUUGACCACUGCUAACCCGCGUGUACAGAUACCGAAAAGAGUUGCUUUCGUGCACAUUGUUGAUGAUGAUGUGAACGAGUGCCGUGACGCGACUGAUGAUUGUCAUCCUACACGUGCAAUUUGCAGUGAUACAGAAGAUUCAUUCACGUGCACAUGUCGGCCAGGGUAUACAGGCGACGGGCGAACUUGCGAAGACAUAGACGAAUGCGCAGAGAAAACACACAGCUGUGAUAGGAAUGCGAACUGCACCAACACAAUUGGUGGUUACGAGUGCCAUUGUCAUGCAGGUUACACAGGCGAUGGUUUCACUUGUACAGAUAUCAUCGAAUGCAAUCCUAAUCCAAAUCAGUACCCAUGUCACAGGUUUUCAUUUUGUAAUGAUACCAUGGGCUCUUUCGUUUGUUGGUGUCCUGCUGGUUUUGUUGGUGAUGGAUACAACUUCUGUAACGACACAAAUGAAUGUGAAUUGGGAACACACAAUUGCGCCAGUGUCGCAGCAUGUGAGAAUACUCGCGGAUCAUACAUUUGCCGUUGUCCAAGAGGUUUCUUUGGUGAUGGCAAAACUUGUGUUGAUGUUAAUGAAUGCGCUGAUGGAACUGACCUUUGCCAUGAUAAUGCAUGGUGCAACAACACCAUUGGGUCAUAUUCUUGCACUUGCAAGACUGGCUAUGAUGGAAACGGGCGAGUCUGUAACGAUGUCAAUGAAUGUUCAAACCACCCAUGCGACGCAAAUGCUACCUGUAACAAUACAGAUGGUUCUUUCAAUUGUGUAUGUAAGCUUGGUUUCACAGGAGAUGGUUUAACUUGUUCAGAUAUCAAUGAAUGCAAUGGUAACCCAUGUCAUCCGAAUGCAACAUGUGAUAAUACUCUGGGUAGCUAUGAUUGUGAGUGUAAGACUGGGUUCACUGGUGAUGGCCGUAACAACUGCCAAGACAAACACGAAUGUAAUCUUGGAACAGAUAACUGCCACGUAAAUGCAAACUGCGUAAAUAAUAUUGGAUCAUUUAUGUGCACUUGCCUGGCUGGUUUUACCGGAGAUGGCGUCUCCUGUCGGAAUAUCAACGAAUGUGAUACACCAAAUGUUUGUAAUACGUAUGCAACUUGUAACGAUACCCAAGGUUCCUUUACAUGCACGUGUAAUUCUGGUUUCACAGGCGAUGGAAAAACGAACUGCGCAGAUAUAAUAAAUUGUAUCCCAACAAGUUUCGAUUGGCCUUGCCAUCAAAGAGCACGGUGUGAAGAUAAGCCUUUAGGAUCAUAUACUUGCACCUGCGAUGAAGGUUACACAGGAGAUGGAGCUAUUUGCGAUGACAUCGACGAAUGCACACAGGGUCUUCAUGACUGCAGUGAAGAGAACUCUGAAUGUGUUAAUGAGCCUGGAACAUUCCGUUGCCAAUGUAAAGAUGGUUAUAUACUUGAUGGGAAAAUUUGUAUAGAUUUCAAUGAGUGUAAUGACACCAGCCUUUGUAAUGUUACAACAUCCACCUGUGUGAAUCUUCAAGGAAGCCAUAAAUGUAUUUGUAAAGACGGCUUUACUCAAACAGCUGAUGAUCAAGACUGCUAUGACCUGAAUGAGUGUAACAAUUCGACUGACAAUAACUGUCAUGAAAAUGCAAAUUGCAUCAAUACGUUCGGCAGUUUCAACUGUACAUGCUUGCCUGGAUUCGUCGGAGAUGGGGUGACUUGUCUUGACAACGACGAGUGCAAAGUUGACCCAUGUCAUUCAAAUGCCAAAUGUGACAACACUCCCGGAAGUUAUACAUGUUCUUGCAAAAACGGUUUCACGGGCGAUGGCAUUAAUAAUUGUUCAGAUAUUAACGAAUGUCCAGGAGCAUGCGUUCCAAUUUUAGCUAGAUGUACGAAUUCACCUGGUUCAUUCAAUUGUGAGUGUAUCCCAGGUUACACGGGAAAUGGAGAAAAUUCGUGUGUUGAUAUCAAUGAGUGUGAAAACCAAAAUCCGUGUUCAGGAGGUACAUGUGAAAACACAAUCGGUAAUUUCACAUGCACAUGUACUGAAGGGUACAAUCUUCAAGGAAAUGUCUGUGUUGAUAUCGACGAGUGCCUACAACCUGGUAUUUGUACGGCAGCCAAUUCUAAAUGUAAAAACUAUGAUGGGUCAUUUAAUUGUGAAUGUAAUCCAGGAUACGAGGGCUUGAAUUGCAUAGAUAUCGAUGAAUGCGCGAAAGGCACGGACGAUUGUCAUGAGAAGGCAAACUGUACAAAUAUUGAAGGAAAUUUCACUUGCCAGUGCGAUUCAGGUUACACGGGUGACGGUAGAGACUGUAAAGAUAUUGAUGAAUGUGCUGAAAAGAUGCAUAAUUGUCAUCCAAAUGCUACGUGUAAUAAUGUUAUCCAUCCGUUUUCAUGUCAUUGUAAACAAGGUUUUUCUGGCGAUGGUGUACAGUGUCCAGAUAUAAAUGAGUGUGAAAGUGGUACUGCCGAUUGCGCAGAUAACGCAACGUGUACAAACAUCCUCGGAUCAUUCAAAUGUGCUUGCAAUAAUGGUUUCACUGGUGAUGGUAAAGUAUGCGAUGAUAUUCCAGAAUGUAAUGGAUCUCCUUGUGACGUUAAUGCUGAAUGUUUAGAAGAACAGGGAGGGUUUUCUUGCCGAUGUAAAAUUGGGUACACAGGAGAUGGACGCACUUCGUGUGAAGACAUUAAAGAAUGUGACACUGAUCCAUGUCAUCCUAAUGCUAAUUGCACAGAAUUGCCAGGAUCAUAUGAAUGUAAAUGUAACUCUGGGUAUAUAGGAAAUGGAACAGCUUGUGAUGAUGUUGACGAGUGCAGAGACCGUGCAUUUUGUCAUGCAAAUGCCAAGUGUGAAAACACUAUUGGUUCGUAUAACUGCACAUGUGCUAGUGGCUAUGAAGGUGAUGGCAAAAUGCGAUGUGAUGACAUUGAUGAAUGUAUGGACAUUAAUAAAUCUGAUUGUGAUGAUAAAGCUAACUGUACGAACAAAAAUGGAACAUUUGAUUGUACAUGCAACCAAGGUUAUUCAGGAGAUGGAAAAUCUUGUAGUGAUAUCAAUGAAUGUCGUUUAAAUACUGACAAUUGUCACGGGAAUGCGACGUGUACAAACGAAGAAGGCUCGUAUACUUGUGCAUGCGACCCUGGUUUUACUGGAAAUGGUAUCUUGUGUGAAGAUAUACCUGAAUGUUCUUCAAACACUCACAACUGUCACGAAAAUGCAAAUUGUACUGAAGUAGCUGGGUCAUUUACUUGUUCAUGCAAGACUGGUUAUACUGGAAAUGGAACCUUCUGCGAAGAUAUCAAUGAAUGUGAUUUGAAUACUGACAAUUGUGACGUGAAUGCGAAUUGUACAAAUAUAAAAGGCUCGUAUACUUGUGCAUGUAACCCUGGUUUUACUGGAAGUGGUACCAAGUGUGAAGAUAUCAAUGAAUGUGAAUCUAACCCAUGUGGUGCGACUUUGACUUGUGAAAACACGUAUGGAAGUCACCGCUGCAACUGCCCUCGGGGACAGAAUUACGUAGAUGACGUCUGCAAAGAUGUUCUGGUCUUCAACCUGCAGUUUGUUAUUACAAAUGUGACAUAUUCUGACGCGCUGGGCAAUUCAAACAGUGAAGAACAUUUGAAGUUAAAACAUCAACUUGAAAACUCGGUAAAUAAGGUGUACUCACGUUCUGCGGAGGGUGAACAUUACAUUGAAUCUGCACGUUUAGAAGAGUUAAGCAAAAAGCCAGCAGACUUUGUGACAGCAAACUUUCGUAUAUUCUUCAACACGGAUGUAAGAGAUAUGUCGAUGACUGACGUCCAGGAUAUUUUCGUAUCAAAUGUGACACAUGGCAACAAAAAAGCCCUCGAACCGCGUUUCGAAUUGGACAGUAUUAAUGCAGGUGAUUAUGAUGAAUGCAAGUACAAUCCUAGCGUGUGCGAUGCAGACAAGUUGUGCAGGAACUACCCAGGAACGUAUCGAUGUUAUUGCAGUAGUCCUCGAGAAGUGAAGGUUCUAGGCGAGUGCACAGCAAUCAUCAGUUACGAAGCUUCUAUAACAAUCAAUCUUUCAUUCGUCACUGAACUGGGAAAUGCCACAUCUUUGAUAUUCCUCCAACUUGCUGAAGAGAUCCAAGUGCAGCUGAACAGGUAUUACAGAAGUUUAUAUCCAGACACUUUCCAAAGCACCCAAGUUACUGGCAUGAGCUCUGGGUCUGUUGUUAUUCAGUAUCUGGUCUUUUUCAAAACUAAUGCCAACGUGACACAAAAUGGUGCAUCCUUAACUAAAGAAUUGUCGGAUGCAAUCAUAAAGAAUGGAUCUAUGUUGGGAAGACAUACAGUCAAUACUUCAAAGUUAACACAUGGCGACUACGAUGAGUGUCAUAUUUCAAAUCUGGUUGAUAUAAAAGAUUGCGACAAGAACGCCAACUGUACCAAUGUUAUGAGUUCGUAUACCUGUGUUUGCAAUGAAGGAUAUUACGGAGAUGGAAUCAAAUGCUCAGCAUUGGAAGACCCGAAUCCACCAAUUGACGAUCUUUGGUGGCUGGUAUACGCUAUCGUAUUCGGCGUUGCGUUCUUGAUCAUUGUCAUGUUCAUCCUGUUUGUAUGCUGCUUGGAAAAUGCCGAGGAAAGCCAGUACAUGGUGGAUAAUACAACACUAGUUGACAGAAAUAGAUAUUUCUUUGGAAAUGAAUCAGUGGGUAUUGAGAACCCAGAUAUAGAGAUGUCGGCCCGUAAUGGUAAAAACCAGAACGCAGCCAUAUACACAACGAGUCCUCCACAACAAACAAGAUUGGAAUCCUACAAAGUCAACCCCAUGUUUUAUGAAACUAAAUCACAAGCCGAACAAUCAAGCGUAGGUGGAAAAAGCAGCGUCAGUACUGGACAAGAAGGAUAUAUCGCACUUUAAGAAGCCGUUGAAUCCGUAUAAUCAACUUAUAACUAACAGUAAAUGAUAAAAAUAAUCUCAUUAUACUUUUGCACUGGACCUUUAGAAUUCUUGCACAUUUUCUACCUAAUUUUUGUAACAUGUAUACCUUGACGUGGUGAAAUAUUAAACCAUUUUCU